AUGGGCUCCAUCGGCCGCGCUGCGACCACCGCGGCGGCGGCGGUAGAACUACCCCAGUCGCAAGGCAGCGGCGCGCCGCUCGACCUGACGGUGCUCGGCCUCAACUCGGGCACGUCAAUGGACGGCAUCGACUGCGCGUUGUGCCGCUUCCGCCAGGCGUCGCCCGACGCGCCCAUGCACUUUGAGCUGCUCAAGUACGACGAGGUGCCGCUCGAGCAGACCAUCAAGAAGCGCGUCAUGAACAUGAUCCUCCACAACUCGACGACGCCCGAGGAGCUGUCCGAGGUCAACGUCCUGCUGGGCGAGACGUUUGCCGACGCCGUCGACGCCUUCUGCGCAAAGCACGGCGUCGACCGCGACUCCAUCGACGCCAUCGGCUCCCACGGCCAGACCAUCUGGCUGCUCAGCCUGCCCGAGCCCGGCCAGGUGCGCUCCGCCCUGACCAUGGCCGAGGGCUGCUUCAUCGCCUCGCGCACCGGCAUCACCACCGUCACCGACUUUCGCGUCUCGGACCAGGCCGCCGGCCGCCAGGGCGCGCCCUUGAUCGCCUUCUUCGACUCCCUCGUCCUGCACCACCCCACCAAGCUGCGCGCCUGCCAGAACAUUGGCGGCAUCGCCAACGUCUGCUUCAUCCCGCCCGACGGGCCCGACGGCGCCCUCAACGACGCCUUCUUCGACUUCGACACUGGGCCCGGCAACGUCUUCAUCGACGCCGCCGUCCGCCACUUCACCGCCGGCAAGGAGGAGUUUGACCGCGACGGCGCCAUGGGCCGCGCCGGCACCGUCGACCAGUCCAUGGUGGACGAGUUCCUCACCACCCACCCUUACUUCGCCCUUGACCCGCCCAAGACGACGGGCCGUGAGGUGUUCCGCGACACCAUCGCCCACGACCUCAUCAAGCGCGGCGAGCAGCGCGGCCUGUCGCCCAACGACGUCGUCGCCACCAUCACCCGCAUCACCGCCCAGGCCAUCGUCGAGCACUACCGCCGCUACAUGCCCACGCAGUACGGCCCGCUCGCCGAGAUCUUCAUGUGCGGCGGCGGCGCCAAGAACCCCAACAUCACCGACUACCUGGCGCGCGCGUUCCCGGACACGCGCAUCGUCAUGCUCGACGAGGCGGGCAUCCCCGCCGACGCCAAGGAGGCCAUCACUUUUGCCUGGCAGGGCAUGGAGGCCAUUGUCGGGCGCAGCAUCCCCGUGCCGGAUCGCGUCGAGACGCGCCAGGGCUACGUGCUCGGCAAGGUGAGCCCCGGGCGCAACUACAGGCGGGUGAUGCGCAAGGGCAUGGAGUUUGGCGGCGGGCGCGAGCACCUCGAGCCUGUGAAGGAGCUGGUCAACUAUGUCAACGGCAAGGUAUUUGAGAGCAAGGCGUGA